CGCUAGAAGCCGCGGCAUCAUUCAAUUACGAUAAAAACGGAAACGGGAGGCAGGUUCAGUCCAUUUCUGGAUGGACGCGAAUGCUUUUUAGAGCCAUCAGAGUGGUGUGGGGCCGCGGUGCGACAGGCGCUUGUAUUCAGGAAAAAAAAAAAAAAAAAAAAAAAAAAAAGGCUUGCGGCAACUAAUUGUGCCGCCGCGUCGCCGCUUCCUUUCCUUGGAGAUUUGUGUCUUGAGGAAAGGGGGGACGAGUACGGCUUCACCGCAUUGCUAUCGGAGCCCCGGCACUGACCCCCGAGAGAGGGAGUUGCCUAGUUAGCUGACCUACACCGGCAACAUCCAUGCGCGUCGAAAAACAGGUGUACGGUUUCAUCACACGGACACCGCACUAGCUUCAGAGCCGCCGUGGCUCGCUGCGGUUGUGUGUGUACUCUUGCGCUUGUUCGAGUGAGGACUUCAGUCAUUUCACAUGGAAAAGGCUGAUUAACUGAUGAUAUGUUGCGGAAUUAGUGGAUUGAAGCGGCAGUCUUUUUAAGGCAUUAAACGGGGAAGAUCUGGAAGUAAGGCUCGACCGGGAGGAGAGACUUAUCCUGGGCAGAGGGAAGAAGAAGAAAAAACAAUCAGAACAGAAGAAGAGAAAGAGUGGGGGAAAAAAGCGCUUCUGCACAGAGCUCACCUAUACCUGACUCAUCUUAGCAAGUCUCCUGUCUUUUGAUUUUAUGAAGGAAAGUGUAUCCCCCUGCAGUAGAUCAGUAAGAAGUGCUCUUCAAUAUGAAUACAGAUAGUGGAGGAUGCGCUCCCAAAAGCGUGGCCUUGUCACUCAUACUCUCUCCUAUGAAGAGGGUCCAGAGCUCACCAAAUCUAGCCACAGGGAGUGAUUCUCACUCAUCAGACUUGGAUUCUUGGCGGUCACGCAGUGUAACAGAUGGCCUUAAGAAUGGAGACGCCAGCAGCUCAUCUCUUGCUGCCAAAGGCUUUAGGAGUGUCAGACCCAACCUGCAGGACAAAAAGUCACCAACACAGGACAUCAAUCACAUGCCAUUGCCACCCCCCAGAAGAGAAAGUUACCACUUCUUGCCCACUGGCACUAAUCCACCAGACUAUAGCUCCCUCAUUGCCCUGGCUAAUGAUUCUACCCCUGGAAUGCUAACAUUCACGCAGAAUGAGAAAGCAGUUUUGAAAGAGUCCUACACCUUUAACAGCACAUCUUCUUACUCCUACUCAGAGACCGGUGCAAACCCAGUACAACAGGGACACCAGCUAACCGUCCCAAAUGAUAUUAAUUGCAGUGCAUCUGCCACCACUAAUGCACAGGUCCAGGAGCGUAAAGUGUCUUCCCUCAAACUAACCCCGGUCACCAUACCUGACCCUCCUGUUCACCUCAACUCUUACCUUGAUCCCCAUACUAAGACCCAGACCGGAAGUUCCCCUCCUUCCACUCUCCCAACACCACAAAGUGGCCCCACUCUCUCUCAGCCCCUGACACAGACAGCCUCACUUUCUGUCCACUUGGGCCCGGAGAAUCUGAAAAGUCCAGAGCCUCAACCUCCAAAUCCCUCAGUGGAACUCAACGUCGCAGAUGAAGCCCCAAAUCAAAACCCAAGUCCAGCUGUAAGCCAGGUGGAGAUGACGAAGGCUCCUCCUGCAGUUCCACCAAGACCUUCUCCUGCAGAACUGUUGGGGCCUCCAUCCCCCAACCCCACAUUACAGCACUCCCCCUACCACUGCCACAGCUCAGAAUCACUCGACUACUUGCCAGGCCUAAUGCCGAAGACCCUAUCGCCCACCCCAUAUGUUCCUAUUGGAGCUGGCAGCACAGCUGGUGUGGUCAGCAGGCCAAGCCUUACCACAGUCAGCGGUGUGAACAUCGGUGGCUGCGUGUCACCCUCGGCUUCCCCCGUGACAGUGUCAGCUCUCAGCCACUACUCGUCAUCCACGGCGGGUCUGCUGGAUGAGCUGCAGAUCUGUAGUCUGGACUCACCUGGCGCCUCACCUACGCCGUCGCCCACCCUCAGCCAUGUCUCUACCUACACAUCCACUGCUGGCCCUGAUGAUGUGCUAACAACCUCUGUGGCCUCCACAACUGCAGCAGCCACUGUCACUAACGGCCAGGUCCUCUCUCACGCUAUGAAUGGAAGUGCUAGCCAUCCACAGAGACCCCUCUCUCCCCCAUCCUACCCUCCUCCCCCCGCCUCACUACACAUGGGGCUCCAGAGACAGAGCAGGAGUUCGGAGGGCAGCGAGUCUGUCACUAGAGAGUCUGUGUUGUCGGGCCACACCAGUGUCAGCAGCACCGUGCCCAUUGCCCGCUUCUCGGAAGAAGAAAAAAAGGUUUCCAUCAUUAAAGCCCCUCAUUAUGAAGGCAUCGGCCCCGUGGACAAGUCUGGCAUACCUAUUGCCAUUCGUACGACGGUGGAUAGGCCUAAGGAUUGGUAUAAAACUAUGUUCAAACAGAUCCACAAGGUUCACAAAGCCGAUGAUGACUAUUCUGACACAUACAAUGCAACAUAUGCUGUCAUAAACAAUGAAGGCUACGGCCUGUCAUCCAACGCCACCCAGGCCCACCCAGCUCCCCGAACACAUACGUACAGGCCACUUUCCAAGAGCCCCUCAGACAACGGAGGGCAUCUGGGGCAACGGGAGCCCUCCCCAUCCCCUGUACCCCCACCACCUCCACCCAUGCCAUCCCUCCUGCAGCUGAGGGCCAGAGAUAGCGACCGCGAGAAAGACUCCCCAGACACGAAUGAAUGGGGUCCUCCCGACCGGAAAGUGGACACACGAAAGUACCGCGCAGAGCCUAAGAGUAUUUUUGAGUACGAGCCUGGGAAGUCCUCUAUUUUGGAGCAUGAAAGACCAACCUAUGAUGACAUAGAUUUAGAGAACGAGCCUUGGUAUAAGUUCUUUUCCGAGCUGGAGUUUGGGCGGCCGCCUCCUAAAAAACGGCUGGAUUAUAAUCCAGACAUCUCCGCUCGCCGGCACAUUGAGACAACCCUGCACAUCGCUCCUGCUGACAAGGCUCCAGAGAGACCUGCGAGUGCUGCCAGCGACUACAGGAAGAGAAGGAAGUCGGAGCCAUCAAGUUCCCAAGUGAAUGCUCAGUCUCAGAGCAGAGCUGCAACUUCCCCUAAACCAGUGGAUGCCUACAGACCCAGCGGCAGCCUAAAGAAACCUGUCAUUCGUUCCUCACCAUCUUCACCCUCCAGAGCCAAAGGUGGGGACGCAUGCAACAUGUAUUCAAACAGUUUGACCUCCCCAGGUCCUUAUCAGCGGCCCUCUCUGCCCCCUGUCCUAUCUGACCCUGUCCAUUGCCAUGAGGAUGCCAGCCAAGAGGGCAGCUCCUCCUCCAAGCAGUCUAUCUGUUGUAAGAACAGCUGGCAGAAAAAAUGCCAGGAUGCUGAGAGAUGGAGCAGUGUGGAGGAGGUACCGCCCCCCACUGGCAAGCUCAAGUCACGCAGCUGUGAUGACUUACUCAGUGAUGGGCAUUCUGGCUCAGCUGGGCACAAUGCCACCCGCUCAGAAAGUGCAGGGUCUCUGGUAUGUGAUGGGAAUCCCUCAGGUUUAGCUGGAUCCACUUCCACUCGCUCUUUGCCACGACUCCACCGGCGACGGGCACAUGAUUCACCGGGCUUUCUCCAGCUCUAUCGUAAAAUGCACCAGAUUGACAGAGCUCAGCUCAUCCCAUCUGAAGUCAUCCGCUCAGUCCGUGCUCGUAUCCUUGAACUAGAGCGCCAACCUCACCUGCAUCUGCUUCGCCUCUCUCCUUGGACACCCUCUUGGGGCAUAGAGGUUCCACGCGAUAUGGUGCCAAACCGCAUUUCUGAAUAUGAGCGCCUUAUUCAGAAGUCCAAAUCCAUGCCCAACUUGGGUGAUAGUGAAGUGCCUUCGGGCACUACCACACCAGGCGGCUCGUCAUCUCGAGCCAGCAGUGGUGGUGGUGGCACACCCAAUUUUCCAAAACGCCGUUUUUCAAUAGAAUCUUUACUAGAGGAAGACAACAACGGCAACAGUGGACCAGUACCUCACACCAUGGAUCACUUGCAUCGACCUCGUAGCCCACCUGAGGGCCAGCCUCGUGGACCAGAGCCUGGUCAUGGACGGUCCUUUCCUGCUCCUCCUGUCCCCCAAGGCCCACAAGCCAACCCAGACUACUCUGACAGUGAACAAGACGCUGUUGCGUCAGACCUCAGUGACUUCAUCCAGGUGGAGGGCUCCUCAUUUUGCAGUGAGAGUGACUUUGACCAUUGCUCACUAACCUCCUCUGAGAGCUUGUACGGCUCUUCCACCCUGCACCACCACCACCUCCGUCAUCAACAUCACCAUCACCACCACCACCACCCUGGUCACCAAAAUUUAGGUCAGAGCCAGGGUUACCAACACCGACACCUCAUCAGCACCUGCAAAGGCCGCUGCCCAGCCUCUUAUACCCGUUUCACAACCAUGCUUCGCCAUGAGAGAGAGCAAGCACGUCAGGAGCACCAGAGACCUUCACAACAGAGCCGCGGCAGCCAUUCCCAGAUCCAGAGCUCACAGUCCCAGCAAGUUAUGUCCAAGCUGGCCUUCCUGAUCAGCCCAGUGCCUUUCCGCAGGAAAAAGGGCUCACCACCUACCUCUAGAAGAAUCAGCGGUGGAGGAGGUCGAGGUAGUAGACCUAAGUCCAAACAGGCCAUUUAUGAAGCACUAGAUACAGCUUUGAGAGACAUAUAUGAGCACAUUCAAGCAGAGAGAGGCCACAGAGGCACUAGGGCACCCGAUGAUAGCAUCCUGAGGAGAAUACUGGCCGAACUGCUGCCAAAUGUGCCUGAACGAAGCUCCUCAUUGCGGGGGAGGAGGGGGAUUUGGCACGGGGGUCACUCUUCUGCAUCUUUGUACCCAGAUGGAAGCCCCACUGGGUAUGCCUCAUACAGAGAGGAUCCCUCCACACCACAGUUACAGUCGCCACGGCUACAGUCACCAAUCAGUGCCUGUUAUGGACGCCACUCGGACACCUCAAACAAUAAUGAAUAUGGAGAGGAGCAGGGAAAUGGGAAUGGUCUCUGUUAUUCAGACCAGGAUGUUUCCAGGAGUUAUUCCACCAUGGAUGGACGCCACACACCCCAGAGUAGAAGACCUACUCCUGACAGAGAGGUCUCCCAUAAACAGAUGACACAACUUAUUCUGUUCUCUCUCCUCCAUCAGAAACAGCCCGCAAGAGCCAUUUAUGAUUUUAAGGCACAAACGGCUAAGGAGCUGACAUUUAAAAAGGGUGAUGCAGUGAACAUCAUCAGGCAGAUAGACAACAACUGGUAUGAAGGAGAGCACCGUGGACGGGUGGGGAUAUUCCCCAUAUCAUAUGUAGAGAAGAUGCCGUCCACAGAGAAGCAGCAGCCAGUCCGUCCUCCUCCGCCAGCACAUGUCAGAGAGAUCGGAGAGGCAGUGGCACGCUACAACUUCAAUGCUGAUACUAACGUGGAGCUGUCUCUCAGAAAGGGUGAGAGAGUAGUUGUGAUAAGGCAGGUGGAUCAGAACUGGUAUGAGGGGAAGAUCCCAGACACAACCAAACAGGGCAUCUUUCCUGUGUCCUACGUUGACAUCAUCAAGCGCUCCCCGUCUAAGAGCUCCACCCACCACACAGAUCCACAUGGUCACCCUGGCGCCAGGACACCAAGCAGUACACCCAUCAAGAGAUUAGUACAGGAUGCACUCCAUGGUGGAGGAGACCCAUACCAGGCCCUGUACAACUACAUGCCUCGCAACGAGGACGAGCUGGAGCUGAGGGAGGGAGACAUUGUUGAUGUGAUGGAGAAGUGUGAUGAUGGCUGGUUUGUUGGGACCUCCCGAAGGAGCAAGUUGUUUGGAACCUUCCCAGGAAACUACGUGAAGCAGCUAUAAUGAUGAUUCCAGACCCCCCCCCCCCCCGGCCCCUGGUCCUUUCUGUGACAUGUUCAUCGCCCUCAGCACAGUACCUGCUGGACACCAACUCCCCACAGCGCUCAACCGAGACCUGUCGCACAUUUGUGUGUUUGCGUGUAUGCGUGGCACGUCAGCUUCACAGAGACAGAACAUUUAGCUCUAACUAGCCAUCUUUAAUGGACGACUUCUAUAAAAUAAUGUUGCUUUUUUAAACUUGUCUUUUUAUCCUAAUUUUUCUAUUAUGGAGAACCCAAACUUUGUGCUCCAGUCAGUGACCUUUAACUUUUGACAGUGAUGGAAUGAUAUCAUGGGAACUUUGUAAACACUCAUUGAUAGUGAACAGUGCAAGGCAGCGAUGCUUUCCUUUCUGGUUCGACUGUGUAAGGGCAGUAAGAUCACCACGAUCACAUUUUUUUUUAAUUUCUCGGCAGUAUCGCUAACUUAAAAACACUUGUUACAUUUUAUGUCAGUGUUCAGUUAAACAUCCGUAAAUACAUUCAGUGAAGGAAGUGUUGCAGAAACAGUAUUUUGUCAGCAGGUCUGUUGUAUGUACUGUGUUGUAGUGUUUGCAGCCAUGCAGCCACGAUGUUGCAUCACAAUGUCAGGUAAAACGAGUUACAUGUGGAACAGACUGUGCAUGUGUCAAUGUUAUGUGUUACCCAAUGUAUUGAUUGAUUGAUAGGAAUUUGGAUGUUAGGAAUCAUAACCCAGCAGUUAUUUCAAUUAUUACAAAUGAGGAAGUGGAAAAAUAUCAUUGACACUGUUCAACUUGAAGUCUAAACCUAAUAGUAUAAGAUUUUAAGUUUAAGAUUAGAAAACACAAAAAUGUUUUCAACUAUUUCUUCAUCUUCACACUAGGAUUGAUGCACUUUAAUGACAUUUUAACACAAUUUUGUGUUCGUUUUAUUUCAAAUUUCACUUCAGAUUUUAUACACUAGAGGUUACUAUGACUUUGGGGCUUUUGGGGCAUAUUGGUCAUGUUUGGAAAGUGUAUGCAAAAAGGUUACCGACCGUAUAUUUAUUAGAGGGCGAACUCGGUCAAACUACGUUAUAAGAUGAUUUUAGAAGGGAUGGAACAACCUGUUGCUUUUUUUAACAUAUUGUAACAGCAACAAACCCACAUUUGAAGGAUUCUUAUUUUAUUGUCAAGUCUCGUAUCAUUGUCCAGAUAGGGGCUGAGACUGAGAAAUAACAUGAGUUGAUGGGCUCUAUUGAAUUACCAGGUGUCAUGUUGUUUCAUGUUGAAUUUAUUUAAGUCAGAUACGGGAUGAGAUUUGAUCAAAAACUUCAGUCAUGUAACUGCAGUUUUUCCACUAGACUUUGGUGGGUUCUUUUAACCCUGUUGUCAGAGUGAAUAGGUAGUGUUCACUGUUCAUGUGUUUGUAUACUAUUUGGAAUUAAUGGCAAUCUCCAUCUUAGCUUGUCAUGCUCAGUGAUUAUGAUCUAUGUUAUUUUGUUUUUUCUCAUUUUGACUUUCACAAAGGAUGGACACUGACAAAACAAAUGUUGAAGCACCUUAAAAUAUAUUUUGUUUUAUCAUUCAUUGUCCUUUGUGUCACCCCCAUUCAUCCACUGUGUCAGAUGGUGUGAGAACACUGUGUGCGUGUGUCUGCGUGUGUGUGUGUGUGUGUGCCUGUGCGUGUGUGUGUGUGUGUGUGUGUGUGUGUGUGUGUGUGUGUGUCUGUGUGUGUGUGUGCGUGCGCAACUAUGGUGUUUUUGUAAUCAGUUUGUAUGAGAGCUGUAAAAUGGCCAACAUCCACUUGCUUUAUAAAGUCAGCUUUUUCUCACCCACCAUCAUAUUUGGUUUCCUCGCCUUCUUUCUUCACGUUUUCGUCAUCAGUGGUGCUAAGUCCCACUUUUUUGACAGCUAUUAUUGUAGCCAGGCAUGUAGGCCUUUUUUUUUUUUCUCCAGUUUAUUCAGUGACGUAUUUAAACUGAAGUUACUGUAGGUAGAUUGAGUAGAGUUGGUGAUUGCUGCCUUACAUCCAACUCACUCAUUUAAUAGCCAUGUAUAUGUAAACCUCUGCUGUGAUGCAAAAAAAAAAAA